AUGUCUAGCAAAACCACCAUCAGAAGUCAAACCAGCCACCGUGGCUUCAGUGCCGGCUCAGCCAGAGUGCCUGGGCUCAACCGCUCUGGCUUCAGCAGUGUGUCUGUGUGCCGCUCCCGGGGCAGCGGUGGCUCUGGGGCUGUAUGUGGAGGAGCUGGCUUUGGCAGCAGAAGCCUCUAUGGUGUGGGGAGCUCCAAGAGGAUCUCCAUCGGAGGGGGCAGCUGUGGCAUUGGUGGAGGCUAUGGCAGCCGAGUUGGAGGAGGCUUCGGCUUUGGAGGAGGAGCCGGCAGUGGAUUUGGUUUUGGUGGUGGAGCUGGCUUUGGUGGUGGCUACGGGGGCGCUGGUUUCCCUGUGUGCCCCCCUGGAGGCAUCCAAGAGGUCACCGUCAACCAGAGCCUCCUCACCCCUCUGAACCUGCAAAUAGACCCCACCAUCCAGCGGGUGAGGACUGAGGAGCGCGAACAGAUCAAGACCCUCAACAACAAGUUUGCCUCCUUCAUCGACAAGGUGCGCUUCCUGGAGCAGCAGAACAAGGUCCUGGACACCAAGUGGGCCCUGCUGCAGGAGCAGGGCACCAAGACCGUGAGGCAGAACCUGGAGCCUUUGUUUGAGCAGUACAUCAACAACCUCAGGAGGCAGCUGGACAGCAUCACUGGGGAGAGGGGCCGCCUAGAUGCAGAGCUGAGGAACAUGCAGGACACAGUGGAGGACUACAAGAACAAAUAUGAAGACGAAAUCAACAAGCGCACAGCAGCAGAGAAUGAAUUUGUGACCCUGAAGAAGGAUGUAGAUGCUGCCUACAUGAAUAAGGUUGAACUGCAAGCCAAGACAGACAGUCUGACAGAUGAGAUCAACUUCCUGAGAGUUCUCUACGAUGCAGAACUGUCUCAGAUGCAAACUCACAUCUCAGACACAUCUGUGGUCCUCUCCAUGGACAACAACCGCAGCCUGGAUCUGGACAGCAUCAUUGCUGAGGUCAAGGCCCAAUAUGAGGAGAUUGCUCAGAGGAGCCGUGCUGAAGCAGAGUCUUGGUACCAGACGAAAUAUGAGGAGCUGCAGGUCACAGCAGGCAGACAUGGGGACGACCUGCGCAACACCAAGCAGGAGAUCGCUGAGAUCAACCGCAUGAUCCAGAGGCUGAGAUCUGAGAUCGACCACGUCAAGAAGCAGUGUGCCAACCUUCAGACUGCCAUUGCUGAAGCUGAGCAGCGUGGGGAGAAUGCCCUCAAGGAUGCCAGGGGCAAGUUGGAAGGGCUGGAGGAUGCCCUGCAGAAGGCCAAGCAGGACAUGGCCAGGCUGCUGAAGGAGUACCAGGAGCUCAUGAAUGUCAAGCUGGCCCUUGAUGUGGAGAUCGCCACCUACAGGAAGCUGCUGGAAGGAGAGGAGUGCAGGUUGAAUGGUGAAGGCGUUGGACCCGUCAACAUCUGUAAGUACACUGCUUUGUCCACUGUCCUCUCUUCCCUCUUCACAGCUGUGGUGCAGUCCACCAUGUCCAGCGGCUAUGGCAGUGCAGGUGGUGCCAGCAGCGGCUUGGGCCUGGGAGGAGGCAGCAGCUACUCCUACAGCAGCAGCAGCCAUGGCCUUGGAGGUGGCUUCAGCUCUGGCAGUGGCAGAGGCAUCAGUGGUGGCCUGAGCUCCUCUGGUGGCAGCUCUUCCACCAUCAAGUACACCACCACCUCCUCCAGCAGGAAGAGCUACCGGCACUGA